GUUGUUGUUAUUAUUAUUAUUAUUAUUAUUUGCCUUUCCUAGAUUUCAAAAGUGUCCUGAAGCUGGAACCUGGAAAUAAGCAAGCAAUGAAUGAAAUAACAAAGCUUAAAAAUGAGUUAAUCGCAAAAGGCUUUUUGUCAGACACUGAAUAUUUUGGACUACCACAGAAUGAAUCAGAAAUACAAAAUCUGGUAAAACCCAUUGAUAAACCCUUGCAUCUGAGAUCAGCUAAACCUUUAAGAAGAAUAAACAUUGAGGAAAUCAAUAAUGAUGUGUUAUGUGCACAUUUGAUGCCCACCAGAGAAUCUGAACCUAUUCAAUCUGUUUUUGAUAACCCAAGUGAAACACAGGAAUUAAUAUCUAUUAAGAAUCAAAAUGAAGAUUUCUCUUCAUCUGGGACUCCCAAAACAAAGCUGCUGAAAAUAGAAGAAAUUGGUGAUGCUUUGUUGACCGAAUCCAUUACCACAAAUACGGUGAAAGAAAAACCAUCACUUCAGCCUUGUGCUUUAAAAAAGCAAGCUAAGACAAAAAAAUACAUUAUUUCUUCUGUGUCUGAAUUUUCUGUGCCUCCAGUCCCUAUGAAUUCUUUCCAACUUGAAUCAGAUUUCCGAAAAUUAAAAAGUUACCCCGAUCAAUUGUAUACAUAUUUGAAGGUAAGAUGACUCAUUCUUUCUGUGGUCACUAGUUUAUUCCAAAUUUUUGGCAUUUAACAAAUUUGAUUUCAAAAAGCAGUUUGGUUUGGUGGUUAAGGCAUCAACUAGAAACUGGGAGUCUGAAUCCUGCCUUAGUGACAAAGCCAGCUGGAUGACCUUGGG